GACAGAACGAACUGCAGGGCAUUAUGGGGCGGAGAUGGCAUUCUAGUACACACACAGACGACGGCAAAGCAAGUCUAGUACGAGACCUGUAACAUACUAGUAGCGGACAAAGAUAUCGAUAAACGGCACGCAAACAAUCAAAGGUGUCCUGCAGACGGGAUUCGUCUCCUGGAUUUUGGUGUCAUGGCUCAAAAUGAUUUAAUGAGCAACGCGGAGGACGUGGCGGAUCAGUUCCUUCGAGUGACGAAGCAGUACCUGCCCCACAUAGCACGCCUCUGUCUGAUCAGCACGUUCCUGGAGGACGGCAUUCGGAUGUGGUUCCAGUGGAGUGAGCAGAAAGAAUAUAUUGAGACGACGUGGGGCUGUGGGUUCUUUCUGGCCACAUUGUUUGUCUUAAUCAAUUUACUCGGACAGCUGGGUGGUUGUAUACUGAUCCUGAGCAGGAAUUUUGUGCAGUAUGCCUGCUUUGGUUUAUUUGGGAUCAUCGCCUUACAGACUGUUGCCUAUAGCAUUCUUUGGGACCCAAAGUUUUUGAUGAGGAAUUUGGCUUUGGGUGGAGGUCUGCUGCUGCUCCUUGCUGAGUCCCGCUCUGAGGGCAGGAGUAUGUUUGCUGGUGUUCCCACUAUGAGAGAAAGCUCUCCUAAACAGUACAUGCAGCUCGGUGGCAGAGUCCUGCUGGUGCUUAUGUUCAUGACUUUGCUGCACUUUGAUACCAGCUUCCUCUCGAUUUUGCAGAACCUGGUGGGUACAGCUCUUAUUGUCCUGGUGGCUAUUGGUUUCAAGACUAAACUGGCAGCCCUCACCCUGGUCAUCUGGCUUCUGGCCAUCAAUGUGUACUUCAACGCUUUCUGGACCAUACCAGCCUACAAGCCCAUGCACGACUUCCUCAAGUACGACUUCUUCCAGACCACAUCAGUGAUCGGUGGCCUUUUGCUGAUAGUAGCAUUAGGUCCAGGUGGAGUGUCCAUGGAUGAGAAGAAGAAGGAUUGGUGAGACGGGACUGAACUCAAACGGCUCACUCGCUCACUCUGUAGUUUGCCCUUUGGCAAUUUUUUUCUGUGCAGUUAUCACACAAAGCAGGUACACUACUUAGAGAGGAAGGAGCCAAUUGAGACGUGGCCUCACAAAUACCCCAGGACCAACAGAAUGACCUGAUCUCAACAUAUCAUGCACUGUCUAUGUUUUCAUCUUGCGUGCUUACUGAAUUAUUUCUACUAGCACUUUUAGACAUAUUAGUUAAUCGUAUUUAUUUUCUAAGGUUCAGGUCAGAUUCUGUUAUUUGAGAACCCCCUUGAAAAUCUGGAACAUCCAUGUUAUAAAAGCUGCGACCACGUUGAACGAAUAACAAAUUCAUCUCCUUUGCCAUUUUCUCUGCCUUUUUAUUUCGGUGCCAAUUACAAGUCAGAGUACCAAAGACGCAUCCUCCCAAGAUAUACAUCAUUUUGCCUUCGAGUUCAUUUAAGCCAUUUUAGUUCAUCACAAAAUGGCUUGUUGAUGUCUAAGUUUUUUCAUGGGUCAGCCGUGUCACUUUUCUGUCGCUGGGCCGGACUUCAACUGAUAUCGUUGCUGUGUUGAAAAUUACUACACACUGGGUUUACUGCACACACAUUUUAUGUGUCAAUCUCAUGUCAAGAGGCAAAACGAGUUUGCAAAGAGAGUUUCUUAUCGAUUAAUAUUUUUUACCAUUUCAAAGUAGUUAAACGUAAAGAUGAAAAAGUUUAAUGGCCAUUUUGAAGAAUGCUUCAUUCCAUUCUAAAGAUUCAUUGGCUUUUCAUGUUAAUGUAGAAGUUUAUCGUGUUUGCUGUCUGUUGUCAGGUCACUUUAAAGUUUACAACAGGUGAAUUAUAGUGUUUCUCGAAACAAGCAGAGUGAGAUGAGAAUAUUGAAACCCUGUGGUUUGUCAGACUCAGUGUUUAUCCUCUUUGUACAAAAAAAAGAGAAGAACUGAAAAAUAUUGGUUUUCUAAGUGUUUUAAAUAUGUUUUGACAUAAAGGGAAAAGAAAAAAUGA